AUGCAUGAAGAUUGGUUAUAUCUAUUAAGAGAUGAAUUGGUUAGUGAAUAUUAUCUAAACAUCAAAAGACAAAUCGCCUCUAUCGAAGGUAGAGGUAUCGAUGUACUUCCACAAAGAAAUCUCAGAUUCUGGUGUUUUAAAACGUUUCCGUUUGAUAUCUCCGUGGUAAUUGUUGGUCAGGAUCCAUACCCAAAUGAUGCAGAUGAAGAUAUAAAAUGGUCUAGACCUAAAAUAGGAUCCUUGGAAAAGUGGUUAAAAAAUGUAUUACUUUUAAACUCGAUCUUGAUAGUAGAAAGGGGAAAAUCUGGUUCGCAUAAUAGAUUGGGAUGGCAGAAAUCUACUGAUAAGAUUAUUAAGCUAGUCGGUGAUAAACGGGAAGUCUCUGGGCAUCCAUCACCUCUGAAUAGGGACAGAUCAUUUGAUAAUUCGAGAUGUUUUUCAUUGGCAAAUGAAUAUUUGAAAAAAGUGAACAAGAAGAUGAUUGAUUGGA